AUGGCUGAUACUACUGUCAGCUUAGCUAUUGACAAGCUAAUUGUUUUGCUCACGCAAGAGGUAAACCUUCUAAUUGGUGUCCACAGAGAAGUUGCAGAACUCAAAGAUGAGUUGGAGAGUAUUAGAUCUUUUCUAAAAGAUGCAAAUUCUAGGUUGGAGAAAGAGAAUGUCAGCAGCAGUGUCAAGACAUGGGUGAAACAGGUAAGAGAAGUAGCUUAUCGUAUAGAAGAUGUCAUUGAUGAGUACAUGCUUUGCAUGGCAAAACGUCGUGACCAACGCGGUUUCAAGGCUUUCCUCCAUACGAUAGCUUGCUUGGUGAAGACUGUAAGACCACGUCAUGAAAUAACCUCGAAGAUUCAAGAUAUUAAAAGAUCGAUCCGUGAGAUCAAGGAGAGAAGUCAAAGAUAUAGUUUCAAUUCCUUGGAGCUAGGGGGAUCAAGUUCUAAUGUUGAGACUAACCAUACCUGGAAUGAUCCUCGAGUUGGGUCCCUCUUUCUUAAGGAAGACGAACUUGUGGGAAUUGAAUUUGCAAAAAAUGAACUCGUGAGCAAAUUAGUAAAUGGGGCAUCGCAGCACACUGUGGUUUCAAUGGGAGAUGUGGAACACGCUUUACUCGAUAACAACAAAAGUAGCAGAGUUAUGAUCAAAAGCAAGAUUAAGGAUGUUGCUGAGUUUUACAAGAAAUCUUCACUUUUAUACGUCCAUCAACUAGAUCCUCUACCUAUAGAGGAGGCACAAAAGCUCCUAUGCAGAAAGGCGUUUCAAUUUGACGUGGAAAGACAAUGUUCUCCGACAUUGGAGAAAUUGUCCUUUAAAAUUGUUAAAAGAUGUAAAGGCUUGCCACUUGCAGUUGUGGCCAUUGGAGGACUUUUGUCAACUAGAGGUAAGGAUUUGUCUCAAUGGCAAAACUUGCUGGACAGUCUCAUUGUGGAGUUAGACUGCAAUCCUCACCUCAUCAAUAUCAAAAGAAUUCUUUCUUUCAAUUAUCUUGAACUUCCUUCCCACCUUAAACCUUGUUUCUUGUACCUUGGCAUGUUUAGCGAAGAUUGCCCUAUUAACUGUGCCAAACUAGUUUGGCUUUGGAUGGAAAAAGGGUUUGUGAAAGAAAAGCAUGGCAUCACCCUGAAAAAGGUUAUAGAGGGAUACUUAACAGAGCUUAUUCACAGAAAUUUGGUUCAAGUGGUAGGACAUUUCUUUGAUGGCAAAGUUAGAUAUUGUGGAGUUCAUGAUUUGGUACGUGAGGUCAUUCUUUCCAGAUCAGAGGAGUUGAAUUUAAGAUUGGCAUCAGUGGAAAACUACACAAGUCACGAUGGAAAAGCCCGUCAUCUGUCUAUCUGCGAUGAAGCAAGCUGUGUUUCAAAGAUAACUAGUAACGCUCAAACUCGUUCUAUAAUCUUUUACAGGGUGGAUAAUUUGCCAAAUCCUUUAUUCAAUACUGUUUUUGCAAAUUUGAAGCUUUUAAGAGUUUUAGAUUCUGAAGGAAGCUUUUUGCAAGAUAUCAGGAUAAAGAUGCUUCCAAAGUUUAUAGGGAAGUUGCUGAACUUAGAGACACUGGAUUUGAAGCGUUCCCUUGUGCAUGAACUAUUAGAUGAGAUCAAUAGGCUUCAUAGGUUACAAUACCUUUUGGCGUACUCUGUUAAUUAUGAUGGUGAAUUAAGUGUUGACACUAGACAAGGGGUGAAAAUACAAAAUGGAAUCAGGUGCUUGAAUGGUUUGCAGAAGCUUAGUUCAUUGGAUGUGGAGCACAGCAAGGUAGCCAUUAAGGAGUUAGCAAGGUGGAAGCAGUUGAGGAAAUUAGGGAUCAAUAAACUGAAAGCGGAAGAUGGGAAAAUUCUAUGUGUUGCAUUAAAGGAAAUGGACUACCUUCAGUCGCUAAGUAUCACCUUAGUAAACGAGGUAGAACCUCUUGAACUGCACUCACUAUCUUCUCUUCCUCCAUCCAUUCAACGCUUAUUGUUAAAAGGAAAAUUGGAAAACCUGCUUCAUUGGAUCUCCAAACUAAAGAGUCUUUCUAGAGUUUCUCUGUUUUGGUCAAAGCUAUUAGAAGAUCCACUAAAGGUCCUUGAACUUCUCCCCAAUUUGCUUGAUCUUUGGCUUUAUGGGGGAUAUGAUGGUGACCAACUACAUUUUAAGGAGGGUCAUUUUGAAAAACUAAAGGUUCUAGGUCUUAGAUGCUUGAAUGGAUUGACUACACUAGAAAUUGAGAAAGGAGCAUUGCCUUCUUUUCAAGGUUUAGCAAUUGGGGGUAGCCCACAAUUGAAGGAGGUGCCUUGCGGCAUUUCUUGUAUGGACAAUCUCAAGUCUCUUGAAUUUUGGGAUAUGCCAAUAGAAUUCAAAGAAAGGACGCUACCAACAAAAGGUCAGGAUCAUUGGAAAGUCAAUCACAUACCAAAUGUCUUUUUCAUUUACAGUCGAGGAAUAAUGAGUAAAUCAUACAAGCUCUCUGAUUUUGAAUUGGUAACUAUGUAG